AUGGCAGAUAUUGAGUAUCUGAAGAGCUUACAAGCAGUUCGUGAGCGGGCCAAUCUGGUUCUCGCAGCUGCAGAACGGAAUGAGCUCACUCACUUCUCCUAUCAUCCUGACAAGAUGAGCGAAGUCACCGACUAUGUGGCUGGUAUUAUCAAUCGAGACUUUGGCCCCUCGAGCUUCGAUAAAAUUCCUCCCCAUGGCCGAUGGCAACACUUUAAUGUUGGCGCAGUCCCUCGAGUAGAGCAGCUCAUUCAACGUUGGGAGGAAGGGGGUUGCGAUAAACUUGAAGUUACGCGUCGACUUGUUGACCUGUUCUUCGUUGCAGUCCUGCUCGAUGCAGGUGCUGGUGACUUUUGGAAAUUCACUGAACCAGGAACUGAGGCCUUGUACGGCCGGAGCGAAGGAAUUGCAGUGGCCGCGUUAUACAUGUUCAAGGCUAGUUCCUUUUCCAGUGCCACAGAUAAGAGCAGCGAGAUCGUCGAUGGCCAAGGUCUCGCAGCCCUGAGUAUCGAAACAUUUCGAACUUAUUUCCAGAUCAGUCCCGAGAACGAAAUCAUCGGUGAUACCUCUCGCGUCAGUCUGUUGAAUAGUGUUGGUCAAUCUCUCUUGAGACUGCCUGAAGUCUUUGGUGAAGUGGGCCGACCCGGAAACCUCGUUGAUUACCUACUAGAUCAUCGGGAUGGCAAAAAGGAGUUACAAUAUGAGGUCCUGUGGGAUGUUCUUCAAAAGACCCUUCUUCCUUCCUGGCCAAAGAACCGUACCCAAGUAGAGGGCGUUCCAAUCGGGGACGCCUGGCCGCUUGAAGUCCUGGCCAAGAUCAAUAAGGAAAAUACAAGCGAAAACAACACUAAGAAUAUACAACCCUUUCACAAGCUUACACAAUGGCUUGCCUACUCUCUGUCAGUUCCUUUCAUUCGAGUGCUCGACCUUGAGUGGAAAAAUGUUGAACUGGGAACGGGUCUUCCAGAAUACCGAAACGGCGGUUUAUUUGUGGACAUAGAAGUUCUUUCAUUGAGAGAAGAUGUCCUGAAGCAGGGUCGGGAAAGUUCCCAGCAGGAGACACCAAGCUUCCCUGCAACUAGUGAUGUUAUUGUGGAGUGGAGGGCCAUGACUGUUGCCUUGCUAGACAAACUCCAUGAGUCCGUUCAGAAGCACUUCUCUAAACAAGGCGUCCAGAUAACUAUGGCUCAGAUGCUGGAAGCUGGUGCCUGGAAAGGAGGACGAGAGCUAGCAGCAAAGUAUCGUCCUUCGACCAAAUCCAGUCCUAUAGUGAUUCAAGGAGACGGAACCUUGUUUUAG